GCCGUCGCUUCCGGCAGCCUCUGCCAUUCCUCCCGGCGACCUUGGCUCUACCCCGUGCCCUCCCGUCCCGGCCUCGUCCCCGCCGCGCUCCCGACGUCGCUAUGUCCGCGCUGGUUCCGCGGCUGCUGAGCGGCCUGACGCGCCCCGCCCGGGGCCUCCUGCACGUGCCCCGCGCGCCCCUGCACGCACGGCCGCCCCGGGAGGAGCUGAGUCUGGUGGACAAGACCAUCGCCAUGACGGCCUGCUUCGUGGCCAUGCUGGUGCCCUCCGGCUGGAUCCUGUCCCACCUGAGCAGCUACAAGAAGAAGGAGUGAAGGGGAGGCUCCGGCCGCCCCUCCCCCCCCACCACGGAGUCCCGCGUCCCGGCGCUCCCCUCCCCCCAGACCACAAGCUCCGCAUUGGCCCCGGACCAGACUUCCUCAAUCAUGACCAUUUGAUUUCCCCGCGGCAGCUGCCCCGGCCUGGGCACUUGGGGUCACGGGACAAUAAAGUCAAAAGAAAUCUAGA